GAGGGACUGAAGCCCGAGUCCGGAGACGUCGGUGCUGUCGCGGCCGACCCCUGCACAUGAGGAACGAGCAGGACGCACAGCUCCCCGUCCAGAAAUCGGACUCCAUUCCCGACCUCUCGUGCUCUGCAGGCUGUAACCCGCGGACCGAAGCGCUGGGUCGUUUCGUAGCUCGGAAGCAGCCACGGGCUUCCCGAAUCCAGUCUUUGACCCGUUCCUGGGACGAUCGCUGUCGCUGCUGUUCCCGUCUAGGGUUUCACCGCUCAGAACCGGGAGUCCCCAGGCUCCUUCUCUGGCCCCAGGCUGACGCUCCUCCUCCUCCAAAUACUGUGUGUUCGUUUCUGGCCUGAAGCCUUCUGGGUUCCGGGUGAGGCCUUUGCCGUCUCUCUGCUGUUCUGUUUCCCAACACACUGCAGUGCCCCUGGGCUUUCUUCUGGAAGGUUUUCUCCUUGGGGAAGUGAAAGGUGAAGCCAAGAAUAGUAUUACUGAUUCCCAAAUGGAUGAUGUUGAAGUUAUUUAUACAAUUGACAUCCAGAAAUAUAUUCCGUGCUAUCAGCUUUUCAGCUUUUAUAAUUCUUCUGGUGAACUAAAUGAGCAAGCACUGAAGAAAAUAUUAUCAAGUGUCAAAAAGGCUGUGGUUGGUUGGUACAAAUUCCGACGUCAUUCAGACCAGAUCAUGACAUUCAGAGAGAGACUGCUUCACAAAAACUUACAAAAUCACCUCUCAAGCCGGGAACUUGUUUUUCUACUGUUAACACCAAGCAUAAUAACGGAAAGCUGCUCUACUCACCGGCUGGAGCAUGCCUUAUAUAAACCUCAGAAGGGACUUUUUCACAGGAUACCAUUAGUGGUGGCCAAUCUGGGCAUGUCGGAACAGCUGGGUUAUAAAACCAUGUCAGGUUCCUGUGAGUCUGCUGGUUUUAGCCGAGCAGUAAAAACACACAGCUCUGAAUUUUUUACAGAAGAUGGAUCUUUAAAGGAGGUACAUAAAAUAAAUGAAAUGUAUGCUUCUUUACAAGAGGAAUUAAAGAGUAUAUGCAAGAAAGUAGAACACAGUGAGCGAGCGGUAGAGAAACUACUAAAGGACGUAACUAGAUUGAAACGGGAAAUUAAAAAAAGAAAACAGGCACAAAUUCAAGUAGCACGAGAGAACAUAGAAAAAGACCCUCAGGAGAACAUUUUUCUUUGUCAAGCUUUAAGGACCUUUUUUCCAGAUUGUGAAUUUCUUCAUUCAUGUGUGAUCUCCUUGAAAAAUAGGCAUAUUUCUAAAAGUAGCUGUACUGCCAACCACCAACUCGAUGUGAUAGACAACUUAACCUUAAUGGUAGAAUAUGCUGACAUUCCUGAAGCUAGUGCAGCUAGUGGUGCGCCGCAGAUCAUUAAACGUAAAGCUUUAGAUACCGAUGAUGGAUGGCAGUUCAAGAAGUCACGGCCAUUAGAGAUACAAAACAAACCAUCUAAAACAGAUACUGAUAGUAGUAAUCAAGAAAAAGCAUCCACGAUGAGCAGCCCUGAAACAGAUGAAGACGUUGAAAAAAUGAAGGGUUCUGUACCACAAACAUCACUAGAGCAUUUAGAACAUCACCUAAAACAUAGAUAAAAGACUAAAUGCAACCAACAAAUGAACUACUGGAGGAAGUCCCUGAAAGCACAAGACUGCUGGCUGACCGCCAGCUGGACUGAAACAAAGGUUCCUCACCCAUUCCCAUCCUUGGACUGUACAUUUUGCCUACUGUUCCCACAGUGGAAACUGUUGCAGGGACAUAGCCUUGAGAAAGUAAGGUGUUGACACCAUAUGGAUUGUGUGUGUGACUGAACCUAGUUAAGGCCUUAAUAUAAACUAAGACUAGCAGGCAGGUGCGGAAAUCUACUUGGCUUGGGGCCACCCAAGACAAACUUCUAAGUUCCCUUGUUUGCUAAGGGAAACUUACAAAUCUUGGAGUUAUCUGCCCCUUUAGUCUCUCCCUGCUCUCCAUGUACCAGAUUAUGAACCAACAGAUGAAACAGGCUAGACAUAUGCGAAUAGAGAUCUCCCGAGGACAAUAGAUUUUUCAAAGGCUGCUUAAAAGAAACAUGCCUUCAAACCAAGUUCAAUUUGCUGAAACACUAUAGAAAGGGAAUGCAUUUGGCUCAUACUUGUGCACAAUGAUCCAUCAUCUCUGAAGGAAGAAAUGCUAAAUUUCAGAGAAUCUUGCUGAGGUCAGUACCAGCUGAACUUCCAUAGUUAAGUUUGAUGACCCAAGUUUCAAGGUAUUAAAUGAAAAGAAGAAAAUGGGUUCCGACAGGUCAUUUUUUCCCCAAUUCUCAACUUUUGGUGAUUAGCCUAUCACUGGAGUAAGAUAGUUCUAGACCAUUUGCCUAUGGAUCAUUUUAAAGUAUGCUACCAAGUUUUAAGAUAGACAAGCCCAGGAGUAAAUCUGAGGUCCUGUGACUGCACUCCUAUCCAUCCCCAUGUAACAUCUCUACAAAGGGAAGAACCAAUGUCCUAGCCAAGCAUACUCCUCUUUCCAAGUUAGAAGGGUUCCUGAGUGGCUUAGUCAUUAAGCCUGAGUCUUCGGCUCAGGUCAUGAUCCCAGAGUCCUGGGAUCAAACCCCGCAUCAGGCUCCCUGCUU